AUGUGGCUGCUGGCAUUGGCCUCAUCACCCUUCAUUCCUUCCACCUCGCUGGUCAACAUCCGCGACCUUGAGUACAUGUCCGACCCCGAGGUCGAAGGAGUCACGAACACGUGGUUUGACAGCACUGUUUUCGAUGGUCAACCCGUCUUGGAUGAGGGUGUUGCUGCCGCCGGCGGCGCACUGGGAGUUCGUAAAGAAUACCUCAAGAUGCUCGACAUAUACCAACCUUUGUUCAGCAGUGCUCGCAUCGGCACCGGCGCCACGUUCCAACACUCGGGUUUCUGCAACAUAUGCGGCCUGCGGGCGUCGAGCUGGGAUGCCUUGGAAAAGUGGCUCAUGCGAGUAGCGUUCGGGAACCCGUCUGGGAUCGGGUCAUGA